AUGAAUAACAAAAAGCGAACCUGCAAAUGUCCCGCAAAAUUGAGAAAAUAUUGUAAACACAUUCAAUUUACGGAUUGCAAAAAUGUAAGGGAAAUAAUUGAAGCUCUCCUUUUUCAGGAAGAGCUGGCAAGAGACGCUAACAGGUCCAAGGCGUACAAAGUCCCACAUUUUAAGAUGAAGCCUUUCAAGCCACGCCAUUACAAAGACACUUGUGUACCCAUGGUUCCGUCUAUGCAUACAAGGUUACGGUAUAUUGGACAUUGUCCUAUUGAACCGGCCACACCAUCAAGCUUGAAGUCAAGGCGUUCAUAUGCCGAUUUUGAUUUUAUAUCGACAUCCGAGGAAGAUAUGGAAAGUGGAGGUAUUUUACGAAGUGGGAAGAAGAUAAGAAAAAAGAAAAAAGUUCGCUAUUACGAUCUCCUACCAGGAGAUGUACACUUGCCGUCGCCGUCACCCGUCAUACACCAUACAUCAUCUGAUAGAUCGAUAUUGAAUGUACCAAGUCCUAAAGUAAGUGGGGAAGUUAUAUCAGCACAAAGAGCAUCCGUGCACGCGGCCGAAUUGAAACCGCCCUUACCAUCUAAAGCUGGUUAUGAAUUGAUAAAACCGCACAGUGGCAUAGUAAUUAACGCCGACAAAGAUUACGUUUUGGAUAUUCCUCAAUUGCCUGGACCAGGAAGUGAAUACGCCAAAAAGAAGGGGCAAUAUAAAGGAAGAAUAUGUGGCAUGAAAAAGUGUAGGGGGAAAAGAUGUCGAAAAUGCGCUCAAAUGCGGCGACGACGGCAGAAAAGAAAAAGGCUUCAUUCGGACUUACCCUAUACAGUCAUUGGAGUGACAGAUGGAAAACCUAGGGCCAGAGGGACACAAAAACAUUUAAAAGACGACGAUUCCGUCUGUGGUCUUGAUGAAAUACCAAAGCCAGAACAUGUGCACAUUCCUGCGAAUCUUCAAAGAGGAACACUAAAAACACAUUCCUUAACGGUGUUACCAUGCACAAAGGAAAGAAGACCCGACAUUCAUUACGGUAUUUUGACAGGAUCCUUCAAUAUGUACGACAAUAAAUUUGGCAACAGAUCUAGAGGCAGACAAGCAUUAGCCAUGAGUGUGAUGGCGUAUUGCCUAGCGUUCCAUUAUCAUCCAAAACAAUGGACGAUGAAACUCAUAGACAAUCUAAUAGACGCCGGAGAUCAAUGGUACCUGCAAUGUUUAGACAAAGUUCACGACCAUUCGUCCGUUCAAGGCAUGUGUGAAGUUCUGCCUUUUGGAAAAAAACAAACGUUAAACUUAAACGGGAAACGGAUGCAGGUGCUACUAGCAGAGCCUGACAUUGUUGGCUAUACAAUGUCCCUUGAUCCAACUGUUUAUAAUUUGUGUAGAGGGUUGAAAGCAUUCUUCGCGGAAAACCGGGCAGGAGUGCUGCUUACUAGAGUUCUGAAAGUGGUCAUAUGGAAGGACAAAAUAUGCUUUUACAUUUUCGAUCCCGCCGGAAGGGAUUCACGCGCGUAUUCAAAUUUCACAAACGGAUGCGCUGCUCUGAUAAACGUUAAGGACGUAAACUCCGUUGCUGAAGUGAUUUUAGCUCGGAGCGUUGUAGAAGACCAAAAAUAUGUUUUAGCCCCCGUUAAAGUGCUCAAAAUGGUCGACGAAAAAGUGGACGAGGAGUUCGAAUCGGACAAAGAACUGACGCAAGCGGAGAAAGCAAUGAUGAGCUACAGAAUUCUGAACGAAAAUUGCGCUAUUGUAAAUGCCAAUAUGCAUCUGGGAGAUAGAUGCUUUGAGGACGCGAAAUACCGUCAGGCUUUGCCAAUCGCUGUCGUGGCAAUGACUUAUACCAAGAUCUCCCCUCCCAAUACUUGGUUUACAAAGACUCUCGAUAAAAUCUUACGUUUAGGCAAUAAGCUCUACGUCGAAUGCAUCCACCCAAAAGUGAUGAUUGAUAUCACAAUUGACAACAUUCCGAACGAAAUUACUAUAGGUCCGUAUGCGUGCGAGAUCAUAAUUUAUAGGGAAAGAGUAAAGGGCCAAGUAUUUACAACUAAAGAAUGUUUCUUUAAUAUCAAGACUGGAUUGGAGGAGUUCUUUAAUCGCGAAUAUAAUAGCGGUAUACUUGAAUUCAACAAUUAUACUCUGGCAGUGUGGAGGCAAAAAGAUAUGUACUACAUGUUCGAUCCCUAUCCUCGCACAAAUGACGGUAUGCGGUCCCAUACGGUGGGUAAAGCUUGUUGCUGGAUGUUUUUAAACCCAGAAACAAUGGCGUCGGUUUUUACAAAGAACUGGGAUUAUCUACCGGCCGUUACUCCGUUUCAUAUACACGCAUUUAAAGUACUAAAAUUAAAGAAGAGGGAACCAAAGAAACAAAUCGUUUGCACCCUUAGCGAUGAGUUUUUGCCUGAAGCUAAGAAUAAACGAAGAAACGAGAGAUACGCUGCAAGUCGUGGUCACGGUGACGUCAAAGAGACUUUUCACGAUGUCAUGCCAGCGGAGGACGAUUUUAACGAUAGCUUUGACAAAAAACAUCUUGUCGAUGAGGAGCAGAUGGGUGAGAUUAUAUCACUAGUCGAUAGCAUACAGGACGAUUAUCUUCCACCGAUUCCGCUACGGUAUAAGAAACAGGAUCCUGUGCCAAUCGAACAAAAAAUUGUGAACCUGGAUUCACCGACGGUGUCAGUGACGCAAGUGGUGCCGCCUUGGCCGACGCCACGCGACAAGAGCCGAGAACCACCCGAGCCCGAUCCUGACCCCGAGCCUACGCCGCCACCUACGCCGCCCGUACUGCCGCCGCCAGAAGGAGGAGAAGAGCAAGAGGAAGAAGCAGAGGAGGAAGAGGAUGAGGAGACUGCUAUUAGGAAAAAAGAAGAGCGAGAGAGAAAGAAGGCAGAAGAAGAGGAGGCCAGAAGAAAAGCAGAGGAGUUGCCACCGCCAUUACCGCCACCACCGCCAUCACCACAGCCGGAGCCUGAAGUGCCGCUCGCUCCAAUGGAAAUUGCGGAGGACGAAGUGCAAACCUUCGAACCGGUCGACGUGGACCGCAGGGUGCUUCUGACCGAGGACGCUCGCUACCGCUCGAAGUUGCGUCAAUUUCGCAGGAAACUGACCCCGCCUCUGGACGAGAUUGCGCCCGAAGUGACGCCGUCGGAGGAGUUUGCGAAACCCAGCAACUUCAAGAGUUUACCCGACAGCUCGCAGAUAGUACACGGCUCGUCGGCCAUUACGGACGCGGACGCUCAGGACAUUCUGCCCUUCGCGGCGAUAAUGGCGAUCGUCACGUCGUACAAGUACUCGAUCAACACUUGGACGCCGGGCGUGGUCAACUUCGUUCUGGACACGGCCAAGAAGUUGUUUCAGAACAAAUUGGAAAAGUUCCACCUCGCUCCAAUGCAUGUGAUACCGAAAAUAUCCAUCGGAUCUCAGACGUACCAUGCGCACAUCGAUGUGGUCGGUGAAGGGGCAACGUGGCAACUUGAAAACGUUUUAUCAAAGAAAUUCUUUACUAAAUAUGACAGGGGAAUGAUUACUACGUCGUCGUACAGUUGCGCCUUUUUCAAAAGAAACGGUCUUUAUUACUUGUUUGACGCUAGUGCCUGCAGUGCAAUGGGUGUUAGGAAUCAGGACAAUAAAGGGAAUGCAUGUUUACUGCGAUUUACAACGUUGCACGAUCUAGCUAUCAGAAUGUUAUAUAACAAAGACGGAAGUAGUGAGGAUCAACAAUUCAUUUUGAGCAGAAUUCUGGUAAGGCGACUUCUGACGGAACCGAGAAUGCAACUCCCAGAAGACUAUGAUUAUGCAACAGGGGAGCCGAAAUCGAAUAAAUCGCGACGUUCGAUUGUUAAAUCGCCAAAGGAGAAAGAUAAGCAAAUUUCUAUCGAUUAUGCUGAACCGAAGAGCCAGACGGCCAUCGGCUAUCAGCAGGUCAACGGUUUGUACCGUAUUGAAGGCACGACGGGUUUGAAUGACAGAAACAGCAGCUCCGACGUAAAGGUGUGUCAUUUUGUCAGCCUGAUUGCAAUGCUUAUGGCCGCGAUGCACCCAAUACGAACUUGGAAUCACUUUAUGAUGGAUGUAUGCCUGGAGAAAGGCAGGGAAAUUUACGAAAAGGCAACUAACCUCAGCGUCUGCGAAAAGAGAGUUAUCAAAAAUAUCGUAUUGGAUGGGAAGUUGAUAGAUGUCAAUAUUAAGAAAAUCCUCGUUGUUAACGAGAAUCCCGAGAAAACACUUGAACAGUAUUUAAAAGCAGUUUUGAGUCGAUUACGCUAUGUCAUAAUUAGGUUUCCGCAAUGCAGUAUGGUGAUUUGUCAAACGGACGGAUACUAUCACCUUUUCGAUCCGAAUCCGCCACCGAAUGGAGAAGUCCCUGAAACAGAAUUGGAAGGUAAAGGAACGGAAACAAGUGGCGGAAAAAAUCAAAGGUCAAGUUCAGUGGCCACCUGGACUCUUUACCGUUCAUUGGAGGCUCUUAUUCGUAGAAUAAAAAAAGUCGUGACGGGGAAAUCUGUUGACGAACCGGAAUUUUACACUUUUGAAUUGACUUCCGUUAAAAAGGCGCCAAAACAUUCCGCACUCAACUAUCGUCUAAGCCCUCUUUUCAAAUCGGACGUUAAUCCUAAUUCGCCAUACUUAAAACGGAAAAAGUCGAGACCCCUCGUUGAUGAGAAAAUGUACUGGUUGAAUGUCGAAACAAUUCCUUGGUCACGAAUGAAUCCCACCAAUGAUUUGGGAUUUUGGAGAGGGACGCCAAAGACGACCUGGAAGGAUUGGGAUAUUGAAUUUCCCGGUGAUCUUUAUUCACUUUGGGGGGCGAUUCAUCCGUUGGAUAGGCAGUUUAAGGAGAACCACCGCGGCAAACAAUAUCUAGCUACUUGUGUCGUGGCAAUCUUUAUGACUGAAGUCUGCAAUCUAAGCGCUUGGACUAAGAAUCUUCUUGAUGGUGUAGUAAUUGCUGGAGAUAAUUAUCAUGCAAAGUGCAUCGAUAAAGUUGGCGGCAACCGAAAUCACGAAAUCCGGCAAAUUUUCAUCGUCGGAGUCACUUUCAAGAUCAUCGAA